AAUAAACCGCGACAUUAAAAGCCGGUUCUUCUCUCUCAUCACCUGGCUUUUCAAAAAGCAACACCACCCAUCCGGACUUUCUUUGCAUAUUCUCUUCACACAAGGACUCUCUAUACUCUCUCUAUCUCCUCCUUUCUCUCCCAUUGACGCUGAGUUUAUUGGAUAAUCGGGUCGGAGGGUCUGCCUUGAAUCGAUCCAAGAAUCUCCAACCCUGAAAUUGCUACUAUUCACACUAUUUUUUUUUCAUGAUCUAAUAGUUGGUCUGGAAUAAUGACAAGAGUGACCCGUGAUUUUGGUGAUACCAUGCAAAAGGAGGCCGUCCCAGCAGUAUCUGCUGAUGUGAUAUUUAAUUCUAGUCGUUUUCCAAAUUACAAAAUUGGAGCUAACAAUCAGAUUGUGGAGGUGAAGGAUGACCCAAAAGUACUAUCAAUGAAGGAAGUUGUUGCCCGUGAGACUGCGCAACUGUUGGAACAGCAGAAACGCCUCUCAGUUCGUGACCUCGCUAGUAAAUUUGAGAGGGGUUUGGCUGCUGCUGCUAAGUUGUCUGAAGAGGCUCGGCUCAGGGAGGCAGCUUCAUUGGAAAAACACGUUCUUUUGAAGAAGCUUAGAGAUGCACUGGAGUCCUUAAAAGGGCGUGUGGCAGGUAGAAACAAGGAUGACGUAGAGGAAGCUAUUUCUAUGGUGGAAGCUUUAGCAGUUCAGCUGACUCAAAGGGAAGGGGAGUUAAUACAAGAAAAGGCGGAGGUCAAGAAGCUAGCAAAUUUUCUUAAGCAGGCUUCAGAAGAUGCUAAAAGACUUGUUGAUGAGGAAAGAGCUUUUGCUCGUGCUGAAAUUGAGAAUGCCAGAGCAGCAGUUCAAAGAGUGGAAGAGGCCCUUCAGGAAGAAGAUCGAAUGUCUCGGGGUUCUGGAAAGCAGGAUUUGGAAGAAUUGAUGAAGGAGGUUCAAGAGGCUAGACGAAUUAUAAUGCUACACCAGCCUAGCAAGGUUAUGGACAUGGAACUUGAGCUUCGAGCAUUGAGAGCUCAACUUAUGGAGAAGUCUAAGCAUUCUCUUCGGCUUCAGAAAGAGCUGGCAAAGAGCAAGAGGGUCACCGAAAACAAUUCUCAGUUAUUUGAAUUAGAUGGGCAUGAAGCUUUAGGUUCAUACUUGCGGAUUCAACCUUCCUCUGAUAAUGCUCCAGAACUUUCUAAAUGUUUAAUUCAGUGGUAUCGUGUAUCAUCAGAAGGUGGCAAAAAGGAACUUAUAUCAGGAGCCACAAAGUCAGUUUAUGCUCCUGAGCCUUUUGACGUUGGGAGAAUCUUGCAAGCUGACAUUGUUUCAGAAGGACAGCAAAUCACAUUGACAACCGCUGGUCCCAUAGAUCCAGCUGCUGGUUUGGGAAGCUAUGUGGAAGCACUUGUGCGGAAACAUGAUGUUGAAUUCAAGGUAGUUAUCACCCAGAUGAAUGGUGUAAAUUAUGCAUCAGAAUCCAUUCAUGUGCUUCAUGUGGGAAAGAUGAGGAUAAAACUUUGUAAAGGAAAGACUACACUUGCUAAAGAAUACUAUUCCACUUUAAUGCAGCUAUGUGGAGUUAGAGGAGGUGGGAAUGCUGCAGCUCAAGCAUUGUUUUGGCAAGCAAAGAAAGGACAUUCCUUUGUAAUAGCCUUUGAAUCGGAGAGGGAGAGGAAUGCAGCUAUCAUGCUGGCCAGGAGGUUUGCUUUUGAUUGCAAUAUCAUGCUAGCUGGGCCAGAUGACAGAGCUCCUUUGGGAACCUAAAGGACUUCCAUGGAUCCCACUUUCUCUAAAUGUAAUUAUUUGAGUUCUCCCACGUAUCAUGUAUAAGUUUGUAAUAGUAGAGAUGGCAUUGUAUAAUUGAUAUGGGCUUCCACGAUUUUUCUUUUUCUUUUUUUUUUUUGAGUUUUUUCCCCCCAACACCAAGGCAUUUUUUUUUAUUUGCCUUUUUGUCCGAGUGUUAAAAGAGUUUCCCACUUGCAUUUGAAGGAAUUAUUGCAGCUCAUUGUAAAUCUGUAAUACAUUACUUGAGGCUUUGAUUGAUUGAUAUAUUUGACGACUGGUGCUGAUUGAUUGA